GCCGGGGCUUGGUGACACGAUAAAAGUAACAAGUAAAAAAUAACCUACCUAUAUGGUACCUUGACCUGCGCACAUAUUUGGGGGUGCUGUGAAGCUCCAAAUAGUUCGCUUGGAGCUCCACCAUCAUCUGACCAAACCAAACCGUCUGUUGCACCGAUCUAGAGAAAAGGGGGCUUCCGUUUUCAGGGUCCUGAACCUACAUGGCAGCUCUAGUCAUUCAUUCAACGUCAACAUACCCAUCUGUAAAUUAACAGAAAUGGCGACCACGACAAACUCAAUCCCGGUCCUGACAACUGGCCAGUCUGAACGCGUUGGUCAGCCUGUGUGCACGACACUGUUGCCCGAAUUGACCGUCGUCCACUUCACCCUGGUUGAGCACGUGGAAAAUGAAUUGCCUUUGCUGCUCAACGGCGAGCGACCAAGCCCUUUAAACAACUCGGUCGUCGCCCCAGGAAAAUGGGAGCCCGAGUCAAAUCCUCCCGCCGCGUUGCUGCUGGGAGGAGCCUACACGGACGAGAUGGUGCAAAAGCUACGGGCGUCGUUGGGGUACGGUCCGGAUGACGAGGACGAAGCAGCCUCAUCGCCUGCCGGAAGAAAGAUCCCCUGGGUCAAAAUCGACAGCGCAAAGUCGACACUGAGUCCCCUCGACCCUGGUUACCCGGCCGACGUGGUACGUCGCCUCAAGGAGGCCGUGUUGAAGCUGCAGGCGGAGGGUAAGCUGGAUGGGAAGCAUGGAGGGUUGUAUGCUGUUUGAAUUGAUCUGGGCAAGGUACAGGCAGGCACGCGUGUUUGUUAUGAUCUGAGUAGUAGUGGUAGUAAUAAUGUCUCAGGUCGAUUUGACUACUUACCUACCUGCAAAUUGGGUUCCUGUGGGGCACAUAGCAGCACGGUUACUUGACGGUACCACCUAACAAAACAGCCACGAGAAAGGAAUGAAAGGACAUGAAAAAAGAAGGGAAAAAAGAAGGGGAAAAAGAAGGAGAUAAAGAAGUAAAUUAAGAAACAAAGAUAAGGUACGAAAUCAAUA